CCUCAUCAUGACUCUUGGGCAGCAUGCUGACGAUUGGGCGUCGCCGUCGAUCCGUAUAAGACGUCUCUACACGGAGAACAAAGGCUCAUAGCGCGGUAUACCUUCGAGAGCACGUGACCAUGACGACUUCACGACUCAAUUUUCCGCAAGGCCUAUUGGCGGGCCAGGUUGCCAUUAUCACUGGCGCAGCUCAAGGCAUCGGCGCUGAGACUGCCCGGGUCUUUUCGCGAGAGGGCUGCAAGGUAGCUGUAGCGGAUCUAGACCAGGCAAAGGCCAGCGCAGUAGUCGAAGCCAUCAAAGCCGAAGGUGGAGAUGCAAUCGCCGUCGCAGGAGACGUCACGAAGAACGACUAUAUCGAUCUCCUCGUCCAGAAGACGGCCGAGUUUGGCAACGGCCAGAUUCAUAUCAUCGUGAAUAAUGCGGGCUACGCUUGGGAUGACCCUAUUGAGAAGAUUCAAGACAAACAAUGGGACACCAUCAUAUCACUACACAACACCGCUCCCUUCAAGCUCGUAAGAGCUGCAGCACCGUACUUUAUGGUCGAGGAUGGUAAGGAUAGAUGUAUCAUCAACAUCUCUUCGACGUCUGGCGUUUAUGGGAACGCUGGACAGGCCAGUUAUGCUCUGGCCAAAGCUGGUGUUAUCGGCUUGACAAAGACGAUUGCUCUUGAAUGGGGACCACGGUUUGGCGUUCGAGCGAACACUGUCGCUUUCGGUCCGAUCAAGACUCGCCUGACGACUGCUCCGGAGGGAGAAUUUGUAGUUCGACCAGAUGGGACUAAGCAUGCCGUGGGAUUCCAUCAUGGAUAUGACGAGCCAGAAAAGUGGAUUGGAGAUAUCCCUCUGCGACGAAUCGGAACACCUCAAGACGCUGCAAAGGCCAUUCUCGCCACUGCAUCGCCUUUGUUCUCGUAUGUUACCGGGCAGACGAUUAUGGUGUCUGGUGGAAGGGGAGGCAUGUGAGUGUGCUCUCCCAGCUGUUGAGCUGUUGGUUUCAUAAGCGGCGAGGUGAGAUCUGCGCGGCUGCUCUUAUGAAUGGCGAGAUGAGGUUUGCCCGACGGGCGGCAAGAUGGCUGUAAGCAGCAUCGCCGGACUAUCAGACGGGUUCUUGAUAUGGCCACUACUCCGCGCGGACUCGACCUUUAUGCUCCAAUAGCCCGUCUCCAAUCAACCCUCUAGACUGAUUCGCUCUUCUCUUCGUCUAAUCGUACUUUCUAAUGUCGUUGGAUAGAUUCGCG